AUGAAGUGCUGUGUUGUUCUGCCCUGCACCACACCUCUGACUGAUGAAACACAGGUCCAUCCACAGUCAGAGGCCUACAGGUAUCAGAAGACCUCAGACAGCCUGGGAGUUUCCUGGCAGCCUGGCCCAGGGAGGACUGAGCGCUUCAGGCUACUGCUGACCGACCGAGUGGGUGUGGUGAGGAACCUGACUCUGGAGAGCACCGCUAAAGACUACACUGUCACCGACCUGGUCCCAGGGCGCGUGUAUAACAUCACCAUGGUGACGGAGGCAUGGGGACGCCAGAGUACCACCUCAAGACAAAUACAGACAGUGCCCUAUGCCGUCUCCAACCUGAAGCUAGAGAACAAUAACACCCAAGACAUUUAGGCAUCAUGGAG